UUCGAGCCAUCGACUAUCACAGACACUACCUCUUAUGCGCACGAAAAGACUUUGUCUCAGGCCUGUAUUCUGCCGUUGAGCGCCUCCUCUCUCACCACACACUCUCACCCGUCCUUACAACCCUCGAAAAGCCCUUGACCCUAUUUCUUGCUUUUUCUCGAGCGACCCUGUUGUGCCAUCUUUUGCGUCAAAAAGUACCCGGGAUCUCUCUCCUCCAUUCUUCAUUCCACCAGAACACACCCUCUGCGGAUCAAGAUGACCUCGACACCAAUUCCUGUCCGAUAUCUCGCCGAAGGCGUUUACGUGCCUACUGUUGCAUUUUUCAAGUCAGACGACGAGCUUGAUCUUGAGACAACUCAGCGUCAUGCUGUUCACCUGGCCGAGUCAGGAGUUGCCGGCCUUGUCAUUCACGGCUCGAACGGCGAGGCUGUUCAUCUCAGCAGGGAAGAACGCUCACAGCUGAUCAAGGCGACACGCGCUGCUGUGGACCAGGCCGACCACCAUCUGCUUCCCUUGAUCGCAGGAUGCGGGGCUCAGUCCACCCGCGAGGUCAUCCAGCUGUGCAAGGAUGCCGCUGAUGCUGGCGCAAACUACGCCAUUGUCCUGCCGCCGUCAUACUACGGUGGUCUCCUCGAUUCAAGCAAGGUCGUGCAGCACUUCUUUGAUGUUGCUGACCGGAGUCCGAUCCCGAUCAUGGUCUACAACUAUCCCGGAGCCACACCGGGGCUUGACCUGUCCUCUGACGCCAUCCUCAAGAUUGGACAGCACCCCAAUGUGUGGGGAGUCAAGCUGACUUGCGGCAACACUGGAAAGCUUGCACGAGUUGUUGACGGAUGCAAGGAGGGAUUUUUCGUCGGCGGAGGCAGCGCCGAUUUUAUCCUCCAGGGACUUGUUGUUGGUGGGCAUGGCACUAUUGCCGGAACCGCCAACCUCCUUCCGAAAGCAUGCAUACGCAUCUGCGAGCUUUACCAGGCUGGCAAUCUCAAAGAGGCCCGGCGGCUGCAAGCCAUCGUCGCCAAAGCUGACUGGGUCGCCAUUCAGACAGGCUUUGCCGGCGUCAAGGCAGCCCUCCAGAUCUUCUACGGUUACGGUGGCGAGCCAAGGAAACCCUGCACUCUUCCCAGCGCCGAGCAGACCGAGAUGAUCAGGAAUGGCUUUUCGGAGGCCAUGGCGCUAGAACAGAGCCUUUGAUCGACAGGAUAUGGUCGCAGGGUCUGGCCGUCAAGAAUCUCAAGGCAACAUGGAUGAGCCAAGGAGCUGUAAUGUUGAUGGCAUCUGUAUGACGAUCUGUACGACGAUGGACUGACUUUCGCGUCUGCCACGCUACUUCAACACACUAAUUCAGGGCCCGGGAGGCACCCGCUGACAAAACUGGCGUUGAUAUAUGGCAGCCGCAAUUUCUCCCGCUGAUGGAAUUUUGGCGAGUGGCGCAUUUGUGGUAUUUCUAUCAACAGCGUGUGUUAUUCGCAUCGCGGAGGGUAGCGAUACCAGGUUUCUUCGUACGGCGUACGAAUGGAAGAUUGACUCAAUAAUGUAUAUAGAGUGAGAACUAGACCACCAGCCAAUAUUGGCGCGGUUGUGAACAACGUACAUAUUAUAUUUCGGAUGAAGAAGAACAUGAAUACCAGAACACGCUGCUAAGUGGUGCAGCCCCUGCUUGAA